AUGUUCUCAAUAGGAGUCUCCGGACCAGCCAAGCUCCAAGCUGUGACUACCCUCGUCAACAAAUUGACCGAGGACCUCAAAAGCAAAAGCCUCUCAUCAGAAGAACGAGACAAGGCCUUGGAGGAGCUCAAGGUGUAUGGUCGUGACCCUAGAAAUGCGGACCCCAUCUUCACCAAAGAAGGCAUUGAGACCCUCACCAAGCACGCCUUCGAGUCUUCCUCAGAAACCACCUCAAGAAAUGCCCUCCGUGUUCUCUGCAACUCCAUGCUGCUCAAACCUGAAACACGACAGGGAUUCGUCGACCUAGGCUAUGAGUCCAAGGCCUGUGAAAAGCUCAAGAACGACAACUGGGAUGACGAGUUCCUGGCUACCCGAGUAAUCUUCUUCAGCACUUACGGCACCAGCAUCGACCUCGCCAAACUCAUCGAUGAGGAGCAUCUUGCGGAUAGUAUCGUCAAGAACCUCUCUCGACACGCCACCAGAUUCUCUGAGCAUGUCCAGAACAAGACCAAGGCGGACCCUAUGGAACUCAUGGCCCUGGGAGAGACACUCCGUCUCCUAUUCAACGUCACCAGCAAAUGCCCUUCCAAGACCGACUCUUUCACAGCUGCCGUGCCGCACAUCGUGUCCCUUCUUCUCAACUUGGAUAUCCCGCCAAAAGGGUCACCACCCCUUGAAGCUCCCCUUGGUCCUUUGGUCAAUGCGCCCAUGAAUCUCAAGCUCGACGACGAGGAAACACGCAAGUGUCUCUACCCCAAGGACGCACCCUCCAGUCUCGCCGAAAAGUUGAUCAAGCUCCUCGACCUUUGCCUCAAGUCCUACCAAGACCAGGAGCUCGACGCAACCGUCACCCCUCUAGUCUGCCUCAUCUCCUCCAUCUACGAAUAUGCGCCAGCCGACUCCCCCGUUUGCGACUCCAUCCGCAAGGCCCUGCUCCCCUCGGAAGAGGAGCGCACCAAGGUUCUCGGCAAGGGCGACACCCUUCCCGCCAGUCUGCUAGUCAACAUGACCAACCCCAUCGCUCCCGAGUUUGCCAAGGCCGUUUCCCACCUGCUGUUUAACAUCUCGGACAAGGAUGCCCACAAGUUUGUCGACAACAUCGGAUACGGUUAUGCGUCCGGCUUCCUUUUCCAGAAUAAUAUCUCUAUUCCGGAGGGUCUUGUUGGUGGCGAUGACGAGAAGGGCGAGAGUUCGAAGGGUCAGAGCAGCAGGAGGGCGGUCAAUCCCAUUACUGGCCAGUUCUUGGAUGCUGAGACGUUCCCGGAUAUGCCCGAGAUGACGAUGGAGGAGAAGGAGCGUGAGGCCGAGAGGCUGUUUGUCUUGUUUGAGAGGGCGAGGAAAUUGGGCAUUGUUAAUGUCGAGAACCCUGUUGCAAAGGCGGUUCAGGAAGGUCGGUUCGAAGAGUUGCCAGAUGACUACGAAGAGGAUUCGAACUGA